AGGGAUCUGCUCACUGACAAUCCAACACUCUCACUAACUAGUUUGGAGCUCCAACAUUUCUUGUGUUCGCCGUCAUGGAGUUGCGGAAGGAUCAUCUCGGAUCACUGCUGUGUUGUGUGUUCGUGCUGUUUGCUCACCUGCAGCUGGCCUGGACGGGAGAUUGCCCUGCAGACGGACGCACUUGGGUGCCGUUUGGAGACAGAUGUUACCACUUUGUCCACGGAGAAGAAGACACCAUCAAAAGCUACACUUUUGGCAGAGCAAACACCCUCUGUCAAGGCUUUGAGCUUUUGACCGUCCAGAGUGCCGAGGAGAAUGACUUUAUCAUUAAAUAUAGCCCAGAGGUGUGGAAAGGAGAGGUCAGCAUGUGGCUGGGAAUGUAUUAUGACACAAACACUGAAGAUAUGAAGUGGUUCGGUGAGGACCCAGUGAGAUACACCAACUGGGAGAAAGCCUUCCCAUCAGACCUCCUCCCCAUGGAAACAUGUGUGGCUCUGCACAGCAACACUGGAAAGUGGGAAAAUGUCAGCUGCACAGAGGAUUAUGAGAACGGAGUGGUCUGCGAAACAGCACAGAAAGAGGAAACCAAACAGAAACCUAGCGCACUGCUCUCCGCCCUGGUCAUUCUCAGCGUGGUGGCUAUCGUGGGAGUCUCAGCAGUUAUUUGGUUUCUGCACCAGAAGCACAAUCUCGGCUCCACUAUCCUCACGGCAUUCGAGUACCACCCUCCAUUCCGAGUCCUGGACACGGACCAGUCCUGCCUGGUGGAGGCUGAGGAGACCGACAGCACACCAUAAGAGAACUUUCCCUGUCUUCCACAUCAGUAAACACCGAGCCCUCCCGGCUCUGGGUGUUGAUGCAAAGAGAAGUCCGCUCUUAAAACAACUACUCGAGCAGUUUUGGGUCAACACAUGUCAAUGGAACGACUCAGAAUAAUGUAGUGUGAUUGGGAGAAAACUGAUACCAAUCCUACUCUGAUACUAACCCCUUCACUCUUGUGCUUUUUUCAUCACUUGCACUAACUAACAAUCAUCUGUAAAUUUCACUGACUGGUGCGUGAUCAUCACUUGUCACUGAGUGUAACAUCAGGUUAAAGUGAUUGUAUAGCACAUACUACAGAAUGCUUCAUUAACUUUUGAGAUCGCUAUUUCUCUUUAGCAUAUUAAAAGAAACUUACUGUUGCUUUUUGAAAGAGUAAGGGAUUAUAUGAAAAGCAGAGCUGUUUCUGUUACAGUGAUUUGCAUUCCCACAAAUGCGGGGCACUAAAAAGAGGGAUUAAAAUAAGAAAGAUCAUUAUAUGCAGUGGAGAUUGAGAUUUAUUUUAUGUUUAGUUUCAAUUAUGUAAAAAUGCUGGAUUCUACAUUUCAUGUAACUCAUCCAAUCAUGUUUUCAUUAUGGCCUCCCUGCCUGUUAAAUGCUCAAACUCCAGCUUGUCCCCCAGGCUCUCUGUCAAAUUCAAUAACCUGAUCAUCUAAUGAGGGAUAGUUUUAAGACUUUAGAGCCACGAGAGGAAUUAUACAAGUAUGAUGAGUAUAUUGACCUUUAGUUAUAAAAUCAAAGAAAUGUCACUUUAGCCAGUAUUCUUUAAAACAGGAAUCUUCAGUCAUAAGCUAUGAAGGGCACAUUUAGAUGGAUUUAAAUCCAAACAACAGCCCAAUUUACGCAUGAGCAGUUGCAUAUAGAUGUAGCCAAUGAGGUCAAGUUGCAUAGUCUAUAGAGCUAAUUUGUGUUUUUGAGGAAAGCUAUCCCGAAGUGAAAACUUGUCCUAAAGUAAUAGUGUUAUUCCAGAGACAUUCUGACCAAUGUCUCUGCAUUUGGUCAACUAGUUUGGGCACAAUGUUUUUGAUUUUUUUUUUGUUGGCCAAAAGCACACAGCUUGCCCUCUACUGUGACAUUAUAGCCAGUAAGUAUGAAACUGUUGACAUCAUCUGUCACGAUAAUUCUCUCCAUCCAGAGAGUGCAUCGGUCAUUUUUGUAUUGUUUAACUGGUUAGAAGAUUCAGUCUAUUUUUUUCAAAUGUGAAGUGUAUUCUUGCUCCCCUGUGAAAUACAAUCUUGGUAUUAUUUUUUAGAAAGUUAUAAUAAAUCGUCCUGUGAAUGAUUCAAGACAAUCAGAUUUUGGUUAUGUGUUGGGUUUAUUGUAGAAUUAUAGAAGGAGACAACUUCUUCAGGUGACCCAUCUUAAUAUUGAUCAUUUUGAAUAAAUUUGCACAAAUUUUUUUCAUUUUCAUUUUGUCAUUUUGGGUUAUUGGGGGUAGAUUGAUGGGUUGAAUUGCGAUAAAAAUGAACUCAAAGUGUGCAAAAAGUGUGCAAUAUAUGAGAUUCAUUUGGCAGGAUCUGAAGCCUUGAGUGCUUUCAUAAUAAAAUAUGUUUCACUCUUA